AUGGCCGAGGUCGCCGCGCCCUCGGUGGAGGAUUGGCCCGUCGGCGACGACUUCCUCCUUCGGGAGGCUGUCGAGGCCGGCGCGGCGUUAGCCUCCAUCGCCCGCGGCAUCCUGCCCUUCUCCAGGGCGUACAGCUGUCAGGAGGUGACGGAUCGUUGGCGGGCUUUACUUUACGACCCCAACGUCGCGCGACCCGCGGCGAGGCGCAUGGCGCGUCACAUCCUCGACGCCCAACCUACCGUCUCCCCCGCGUCCACGGCGGAAGAUUUCAGAUCCGCGUGGACGCGGUCGGCGGCUGCGGAGCGCGCGAGCCUCCGCGGGGUGGACGGCCCGGCGGACGCGGGCGCGGGGCCGGCCACACCCGCGGGGGGAUCCCCGUCCGCGAGCGCCGGCGGCAAGCGACCGCGACGAUCCCCGUCCGGCGGGUCGGGGGGCGACGAUCUGGCGGAUCGGGGCACAGCUGGCACGGCUGGCGCGCGCGGCGACGAGACGCCGCCGGCGGAGACGGACGCGGACGAGACGACGCCGCCGCCGUCCUUCGCCGACGCCGAGGCGGCGGUGCUCGCGAUGGACCCGAGGCCCGCGCGGGACCAGGUGGACCCGGUGGCGCGCAAGCGAUCGCGAACACAGCUGGCGUCGGCGCUGAGGAAGAUUCGUAAGUUGGAGGCGUCGGCGCAGGCGGCGACGGCGAGGGCGGCGACGGCGAAGAACUCGCUGGGGGUGCUCCAGGGGCACCGCGCGACGUUUCAGAUCACGCGACGCGAGACGGUGCUCGGGCGGUCCACGGAGGAUCAGAAGGUUGACGUGGAUUUGGCCGAGGAGGGUAACGCGUCGAAGGUGAGCCGGCAGCACGCGUUCAUCAAGCUGCGGUGGAACGGCGAAUUCGUGCUUCGGAACGUGGGCAAGAGGCACGUGUGGAUCAACAACGUGGCGGUCGAGUCCGGGCGAAGGGCGUCGCUCGCGCCGCACUCGCUCAUCGAGGUUGGGGGCUUGCGGCUGAUGUUCCUGCCCAACCCGACGCUGGUGCGAGCGUCCGAGCCCGAGCCGUUUUGA